AUGAUGUGCUCUAUUACACCGUUCAAAAUUAGUAUCUCUGAGGAGAGGCUUCAGCGCCUACACCAAAAGCUUGCGUUGACACCUUUCCCAGACGAAAUUUCAGACCUGGAUUCCGAUGAACUGUGGUCCCGAGGAGCGCCUCUGGCCGACAUCAAGCGACUGAUUGCCUAUUGGCAGGACGGAUUCGACUGGCGGAAAAUUGAAGGGAGGCUGAAUAAGAUAGAAAGCGUUCCACAUCGAGCAACAUGCGGAAGGAUAUCACAAGUUAAUGUUGGCGUUGGGAUAUGGGCAAUAUGGUGGAUAUUUAUGCCCUCUCUGGAUGGGCUCGACGUUGCUGACCAUCGUGUAGUUGUCCAAGCAGGCGAUCUGGGCUGUCUGGUGGCCCGAAGUAUCGCUUCAAAGCAUGGACCGAAUCACUGCAAAGACUACCAUACCAACUCGGCCGUGCCAUCCGAGCCGACCGCAGAGUGCCACCCAGAAGCCUACGCCAAAACCCAAGCCACCCCUUUAAGCGAUGUUGAAAAAGCAGGACUCGGGCAGACAGCAAACUUCUUCAAAGAUGGGAACAGCUACUAUCAACAGCUUUCUACGAGACCCCAGACCAUCGGCUACAGUCUGACAGAUAGCCCUGUCGGGCUGCUGGCUUGGCUCUAUGAGAAGCUGCACGACUGGACCGACAACUAG